AUGCUGCGUUACACUAUAAUUGAUCUUAACACGUUCAUAGAUCAUGCAGGUAUGCUUUUGAUCCACAUGGCCGGAUCGCUGAAGAUCUACAUGAUGAUCACGAAACGCAACAUGCUCAAGAGGAUCAUGAAGACGUUGCAGAGCGAAGAUUUCCAGUACGAAGAUUACGAGGACUUUCAGCCGGGUAACAUCAUAGCGCAACAUUCGAAACAAUCGGAGUUGAUGUGCAAGAUGUUUCUGUUCCUCGGCGCAAUGGUUCCCAUUUCCAAUCAAGAACCUCUUUUCAGUUCUAUAGCUUACAGCCAAAUACAAUUCGCGAUGGGAGUGCUCUUCCAAUUCGGAAUGUAUUGCGUCUUCGGAAAUGAAGUCACGUUCAUGGCUCUGAGCGUAACAGAUGGAAUAUACAGCUCAAAUUGGUAUUACAGUACAAAAUCAACGAAAACCACAAUGCUUAUAAACAUGCAACGCUUACAAAAACCAAUCUACUUUUCGGUUGGAAAAUUCUCACCUCUGACACUCUCAACUUAUCUAACAAUAAUCAAGGGCUCAUAUUCCUAUUACACGUUUUUGAGCAGUAAAAAUUAA